CAGAAGGGCGAGUGGAACAGACCACAGGCCUUGGGGAUCAGCUAUUUGAUCUUAAAUGUUUGGUUAAUAAAUACUUGGGGUGUGGAGUUACCCACUCAGAAGAGAUUGCAUUCUAUGCAUAUUAGAUGUAGCUGAAUUUAAAACUUGGUGUUUUUCAAGCAGGGCAUUUGCCCCUUGCAUUGAGAAACCAGCUCGCAGCCAAACCAGGAAGUUGUGCGAACGUAUUUUUUUUAGGAAGCGGGGUGCGCGAUGUCAACCUUUCCGCUUCCUGCGGAGGUUAAACCUGGACAAAAGUCAAAAUGAUUCACAGCAAACCUUCUGCCGGGACCGAAGAAAGGCUUUAACCGGAGGCCAGGGAGCGGGAAGAGCAGGAGGAUUUCCAUUUUGUUUUGCCCGCCGAGUCCUUCCAUCUCGAUACAUUGUUUCCAGUAUCAAUUUGUUUCUCCGUCGCAGUUUGGGCGCCGGCUGCUGCGAUUCGAUACUUUGUUGCACACUCUCCAGUACCGAGCUGCGGCCACAAGAGGCUACAUCCGAUAGCUGAGGCCCGGGACGGGACGGGACGGGACCGAUGGCGAGUAGCAGCGGCCCGAAGGGCGCAGACGAGCCCGCCCCGGACGGCCUGUGCGACGUGUGCGAGCCGGACGAGGCGCAGCCCGCACUCAAGGUGUGCGACACCUGCAACCUGUCCUUCUGCCAGAGCCAUGCCCAGCAGCACGACGAGAAAACUGACCAGCAGCACCACCAGCUCCGGGACUAUCAGAAGGCCCCGCCGGAAGAGGCUCAGCCGCAGCCCCAGCCCCCGCCGGCCGAAGACGACGCGAGCCGGGGCGAAAGGAGAAAAUGCGUGGAUCACGGCCAGGAGGUCACACUCUACUGCAAAGACGACGAGAAGAUCAUCUGCGUGCUGUGUGCCGUGGGCCCCCACAGUCAGCACCAGCUCAUUACACUGGACGAAGCCUACUUGGCCGUGAGAAGCAGACCUCCUGCUGACUUGAAUGGUGCCAUGUCGGAGAUGGUGGAGCGAUUGAAGGCAAAAUGGGCCGACCCAAAUGUAACUCAAGGCCAAAUGGCAGACUGUAUUAAGCAGGAAUUUGCUAAGAUGAGGAAGAUGUUGUUUGAGGAGGAACGAAGGGCCCUUCACCUGGUGGACCUACAGGAGGCGGUGGCUACUGCACACGUCGCUGAGGUAAUCGCGGAGAUUAAUGUCACCAUGGAGAAACUUACAGAGGAGAUGCAGGAGCUCACAAGGCAGUUGGACACCUUCAAUCAGCUGGCACUGUUGAAACCAAAGGAUAUUGAAGAUAAACUCAGGGGAAUAUCCCACCGAGAUGACUCGCCUCCUCCAGGCAACAGUGGAGGUUCUGGAGGGCCUUCAAGUGCAAAUGGACCUUGGUGAAGUUAACAAGAUUUUGAUAUUCCAACUGCCUUUUACCGCUAUUGUAAAGAAGAGUUUUGGAUUUAAUCAAUGUACUUUUAAACUUGUAAUGAAUAUUGAACUUUGAAACCUGUGAACUAAUGAGGAAGGUUGUUAAUUUCUGAAUGCGGCUGGAAAUAAGUGGACAACCUGAAGGUCAGCAGAGAGAGAGACGGCAGUUGUCAGAUGUGAAAACUGAAUGCAGAACCAGGCACAAGGUGUGACCCAGACUAUUGCAAUGGAGCUAAAACAGAUAAUUGAAACUGGAGAUAUUCAAAUUAUAAACAGAUCAUGAAUUUAUUUUUACAAUUUCUUAUUUUAAUAGUCAUUUUCUGACAAUGUGGGAAGUGCCCACUUUCCUCUGUGUGUGUUUAGGCCAGCUUGGUUGGUCAACAUAUGUGGAAGAACCAUAUGUCUAAUCAAUGUACUUUAAUUAAGAAUCACACAUCCUCCAGGACAACUCAAGAAAACUGUCGAAGUGGUAGGAAGGAAACAAAUUGUCUUCUUUUAAGUAAGGAAAUACAUAGGAAUUUAAAUUUUAAAGCAUUUGUAGGAGCUGCUUGAAUUGAUUUACAUUAUGUAUCUAUAAUGACAUUUUUUGAGAGGUUAGGAGAUAUCCCUGCUGGACCCUCCCUGCAUAGAACCCUGGUUUUAAUGCUUUUGUUUAUCAGCUGUGAAAAAUGUAGGUGCCCAGCAUGGAAAGAUUAGCAGUCACUUCAUCUGUUUUCCUGGGAAUGGUUGGUCAUACCAGAGAAUUACUUGCAGUGGUGCGCAUGAAGUGAAUGAACCUGGAAUAUCUUCCAACGGAAAUGGAGAUCCCAGCAUCAACAGGAGGCUGCACAGUCAAGAAGACUCUUUCUCACAGGAGCUGCACCCUCACAAACCUCAAAGGGUUUAAUCUGGGACUGUUCUCGUUCUACAACCCACACACUCCUACACUCAACUUUACUACCUUUCUGGAUCUCAGGGGGCACCUUAUUUGCCAAGUGAAGCAACCAGUCCGGGAAGAAGGAUGGUUGAGGCUCACAGUGCAAAAGGGUGCUUCAUUUCCUUUUUUGCUGACAAAAGUAAAAGUCGGGAGAAUUCACCUUAACAACAGUUGGAUCAAUCUCAGGCAAAAUCAAAAUUGCCCAGAUGUAUGCAAAAUAUCAAGAUGUUUCUGAAAGUUGCUUCAAUCUGACAGGCCUGCUUUGCAGACCAGUAAGAGCUAGGGAAAAUAUCCGGAGAAGGGUUCACAUUUACUACAGGGCUGGGAGCACCACAGGGAGCUGGAAAACAGGGAAGUGAAGGGAGAGGCUCGCUAAUUUCCUGGCUUCCCUCAUUGAGGUGCAUGGUCUGCUGAACCGGGCCAGUGAGAUCAGAGUGGGAAGUGGCUGGGGUUAGAGGUUUUUACAGUACACUUCCUCCCUGAAGAAUGGCACCAGUCGGCUGGCACGGGUGAGUUACCCCCUGCACAAUCAAACCCCUGUAGACUAAACCCUCCACUCCACCAGAGACUUUACAGACUCCCUUUACCCCAGAGGUGAAAAGGGACGUGGGAGUCCUUGUGCAGGAUUUCCCUAUUUCCAUGGUAGUAGGCAGCCGUCGAUUCCAGGGGAUCAUGGGCUUGCGCCUCUGGUGGACUGUGUCCUCUCCUGGGUGCAAGCCUGGGCGGGAAGAUUUGAAGAACCGGCUGUUGUCCAUGCAGUGGGUUCCCUCUCUCCACGUCACUGAUGUAGUCCAAGGGAAGGGCAAGUGCUGAUACAGCUUGGCACCAGUGUCAUCGCAGAGGUUGCCAGAGUGAAGUUGUGUAGUGCAGUGGUCCCCAACCACUGGGCCGCAAAGCAUGUGCUACCGGGCCGCGGGGAAACAAUAUGGUAUGGCGAUAUGAAACGAUAUGAGUCAGCUGCACUUUUCCUCAUUCCCUGUCAUGCACUGUUGAACUUGAACACCACCCCCUGUUGGCCGCCGGUCUGCAAGAAUAUUGUCAAUAUUAAACUGGCCCGCGGUGCAAAAAAGGUUGGGGACCCCUGGUAUAGUGGUUAGUGCAACACUAUUACAGCUGAGGGUAUCAGUGUCUGGAGCUCAAUCCCAGUGUCCUCUGUAAGAAGGGUCUAUACGUCCUCUAUGGAAUGCAUGGGUUUUCUCUGGGUCCUCCGGUUCCUUCCUACAGUCUAAAGACACACCAGGUAGGUUAAUUAGUCAUUGUAAAUUGUCCCGUAAUUAGGUUAGGGUUAAAUAGAGGUUGACCAAGCAGAAUUCAAAACGGACCCAAGGAAGUCACAGACUGUGGUGUUAAACCUCCACAGCAUGUGGGAAGCCUCAAGACCUCUGGGUUUCUCAACACUGUCACAUGUAUAUGUAGCCUACCCCCGUGAACACCAAGACCUGAUAUCAGAGCACAGUCACUGAUCCCAACCCCUUGUGUUUGUUCAUGAGAUGGACCCAUUAAUCUGGUGCCAUCCCCUGCACAAUAGAAAUGAAAGCAGCUAUGUAUAAUGCAAGUUUCCUUUCAAAAGGAAUUCUGGUUGAUUCGACAGUCCUAAUUACUCUGACACAGAGCAGGAAACUGCUGGAAGGAGUGUUUCGUGGGCUGAAUGGAGCUGUGGUCUGUACAACCGGAAAGGAAUCACAGAUGUAAAUAGCCAUCAUUAGAGCCAUUGUCUGUAAUAUUCAUAUUGAAACAUGUAUUUUUCUUGUUCUCGCCUCUA